UUCAAUUCACUUUACAAAUCUUCUUUCUAUGCUACCUAUAGGUUCUCCUAGGGUUUGGUGUUUGAGAGUGAGUCUGUAGCUAUUGCGGACAAUUUGUGUUGGUUUCAAGUUGUCCUCAGAUGGGGUGUGGGUGUUCUGAUGUUUGUUUUGGUUUACAAGGUGAUCCGAUGGUUGUAGAGUUGUUGGAUGCGAUUUUUGUGAAGGCUGUAGGCUUGAUUGCAGGGAUCAAGGAGUCUGUGGAGGGAGAAGAGAUGGAGGAGAAAUUGCUAGUGUCAGGGGUGGCUUUAGUUGGUAAGGGCUACGCUUUAAGAUUUGAGGCGGUUGGUAAGCGAGUUGCAUAUGGCCCAGGACGCAAGGAUGGAGGAUAAUGAGGGCGGGGAGGGGCGAUGGGUGAAUUUUUAUUUUUAUUUUUUCAGUUAGUUGGCCCCCUUAAAAAUUUUUGGCCCCUCUAAUAAUUUUUUUCAAACUCC